GCUUUUUCUGGGUCCUUGCUGUGCACCAAUUGGCUAUUGUAUUUGCCAACAAAGCCACAAAGAGUGCACAUCAAAGGUAAUAUUUUGUCUGCUAAAUGUUUUCUAUUUUUUUUUUCUGUUUCAAGGCCAUUAUGUCAUGACAAAUGAAGAGUACAAUUUGCUGCACCAGUUGAAAAAUGAGAGAUAGAAUUCCUGUACAGCUGGGAAAAAAGAAUUCAUACAUUUGUUUUUAGUAACAUGAUAAGUCUUGCAAUUUACAUUGAAUGCAAAGUUAAUUUCGCUGUAAUUAUGUUCCAAAUUUAAAUGUUAACAACUCAUGGAAGUGCAUUUAGCAGCUGCCAUAUAGGUACACCAUAGAUUAGUUACGUACAUUUUGAUGAUAUCCGCUGCCAGAUAACAUCAUUAUAUUUUCUGAACUAGGAGCUGGAAGAAAGUCUGCAGCAGCUUCUUACAACCAAGAUAGCUGUUUACAUUAUGACAUUUUUAAUAGUGACUGUAGCUUGGGCUUCACAUAUCAGAUUGUUCCAAGUGAUUGAACAAAUAGAUGAUGUUCUUGCCCUUUUGAACUUGGCAUGUAUGAUGCUCAUAACCUUCCUGCCUUAUACAUUUUCUUUGAUGGCCUCAUUUCCAGAUGACACACUUGGAAUUCUUUCAUUUUGUGUUUGUGCCAUUAUCAUUGGAUUAAUUCAGGCUAUAAUUGUGAUUUAUGGAUUCCACCGACCUUACUUAUUGAAUGCCCAUAUUUGUGCAUCUGAAGAACAAAUUUCUUAUAAGUACCAAAUUUUAAAGAUGAUUUUACAAGCUCCAGCUCUAUUCCUUUUAGCAGGAAUUUUGUCUUUCAUCUAUUGCCCCAUGGCAUAUGCAGUGCUUGCACUUGUCAUCUUUCUCCCGUACCUUUCUCAGUGUGCACAGUGGUGUAGGAACAAAAUAAAGGGUCCGAAAGAACUUCGGAGAGUACCAUUUUACACAUUUCACCCAAACGAACCGCUGAGCAAAGAGCGUGUGGAAGCUUUCAGUGAUGGGGUAUUUGCAAUUGUAGCAACACUUCUUAUUUUAGACAUAUGGUAAGUUUUCUUUAUCAAUAUCAAUUGUAUUACUAAGCUUUUCAUCAGUUAGAUGUUUUAAAAAAAAAUAGUGUGAGGUAUAUUGGUAGAAGUGACUCAUGGAUUAUUCACCUAUAGUUAGCACUCAACUGUGGAUUCCUAAUCACAUCUAAUUAGCUUAAUUAGAACUGAUAAAGGGAAUAGUUUUCUUUUUGUUCAUUAGUAUCUUUAAUAAUUUACUCAUGCAACAUUCUAAUGUGUUCAGUCAAAUUUGAUAAGUCAAUAUUAUAUUGAUUUUGAGAUCUGGAGUUAACUUAAUAAAUAUUUAGAUUUUAAACUUAAACUAUCUACACAUAAGUAAUCAAAACAGGUAUGUAAUAAGCCAAAGAGCUGCGAGUGCUGGAGAUGUGAAAUGAAAACAGAAAUUGUUGGUGAAACUCAGCAAGUCUGGCAUCAUCUGUGGAAAGAAAGCAGAGUUAAUGUCUCGAGUCCAGUUCUUCAUCAGAACAGGGAUAUUUUAGUCAAUUCAUUCUUAAUAUAUUUUAUAUAUUUAAAAGUGUUGUGAAAAUUUCUAAUUUCACGAUUCAUAUAUUGUAGGAAUAUAAUUUCUGGUUUUGAGGAGAUUGAAUUUUUGAAUGUAAGGUGGAUGGAAAAGUCUGGUAAACACUCCUAAGUUAAUUACUAAUUUAAAGAAUAGUUCAUAUUUAAAGGGGAAAGAGUUAGAGGUA